ACUGUUUCCCACCACAUUCUCUCAAAAAAACUAGAGCUGGUGGCCAAAGGCUUUUGCUGAGAAUGACUUUAGGAACAGAAAUCACUACCCAAAGCAAGGUCUCUUCAUAUGUAACAGCAGACCGAAACCUUUUGAAAUGGGAUCUGUCACCAGAACAAAUUAGAACAAGGGCAGAAGAACUGAUCAGGAAAACAAAGCAAGUGUAUGACCAUGUUGCAAUGCUUGAUAUGGAAAAAGUAACAUAUGGAAACACAAUCCAGGCUUUGGCAGAUAUAGAAGUGGAAUAUGCAGUGGAAAGAAGCAUGUUGGAUUUUCCACAGCAUGUCUCAUCCAACAAGGAAGUACGCUUAGCAAGCACAGAAGCUGACAAAAAGCUUUCUCAUUUUGAUGUGGAGAUGAGCAUGAGAGAAGAUGUGUUUCGGAAGAUUGUUUAUUUACAGCAAACAUACGAUCUUGAAAAUGUAAAGCCUGAAGCUAAGAGAUAUUUAGAUAAGUCGAUUAAAAUGGGAAAAAGAAAUGGACUCCAUCUUCCAAAAGAAGUGCAAAAUGAAAUAAAGACGAUGAAGAAAAAAUUGAGUGAGCUAUGUAUAGAUUUCAACAAAAACCUCAAUGAAGAAAACACAUUUCUUAUAUUUUCUAAGGAUGAACUUGAAGGCCUUCCUGAUGACUUCAUCAAUAGCUUAGAAAUGAUAGAGGAUGAGUAUAAAGUUACCUUAAAGUAUCCCCACUAUUUUCCUGUUAUGAAGAAGUGCUGUAUUCCAGAAACCAGAAGAAAAAUGGAAUCUGCUUUUAAUACGAGAUGCAAAGAGGAAAACACUAAAAUUCUUCAGCAGUUGCUUCCCUUAAGGGCAAAAGUAGCAGAGCUUCUUGGCUACAACACACAUGCCAACUUUGUACUGGAGAUGAACACUGCAAAGAGCACAGAUAAUGUAACAACCUUUCUAGAUGAUUUAAGUAAAAAGCUAAAGCCUUUGUCUGAGGAGGAAAGAGAGUUUAUUCUGGAUGUGAAGAAAAAUGAGUGUAAAGAAAUGGGUUUUGAGUAUGAUGGAAGAAUCAAUGCAUGGGAUCUACAUUAUUAUAUGAUCAAGACAGAAGAGCUUAAGUACUCCAUUGAUCAGGAGAAAUUGAAGGAAUAUUUUCCAAUCGAGGCUGUUACAGAUGGCCUAUUGAAUAUAUACCAGGAGCUGCUGGGACUUGAAUUUGAGCAGGUAGACAAUGCUUGUGUUUGGCAUGAGAGUGUCACUCUUUACACAGUAAAGGACAGAUCAACGGGAGAAGUUUUAGGGCAGUUCUACUUGGACCUCUAUCCCAGAGAGGGGAAGUAUGGUCAUGCAGCAUGCUUUGGUCUCCAGCCUGGCUGCCUUCUCUCUGAUGGCAGCAGAAUGAUGUCUGUAGCUGCUCUGGUGACAAACUUUUCAGAACCAACUUCAGAUCGCCCAUCAUUGCUGAGACACGAUGAGGUGAAAACUUACUUCCAUGAAUUUGGCCAUGUAAUGCAUCAGAUAUGUGCACAGACUGACUUUGCAAGAUUUAGUGGAACUAAUGUGGAAACAGACUUUGUAGAGGUUCCUUCACAGAUGUUUGAGAACUGGGUGUGGGAAAAAGAACCAUUACAACAAAUGUCUAAACAUUAUAAAGAUGGGAGCCAUGUUUCAGACGCCCUCCUUGAAAAACUUGCUGCCUCUAGACUGGCUAAUACAGGUCUUUUAACCCUUCGUCAGAUUGUCUUGAGCAAAGUCGACCAGUCUCUUCACACAAAGCCUUCCCUUGACCCAGCAGAUGAGUAUGCCAAGUAUUGCGUGGAGAUUUUAGGAAUUCCUGCAACUCCAGGAACAAGCAUGCCAGCUACUUUUGGACAUUUAGCAGGUGGCUAUGAUGGCCAGUACUAUGGAUACCUCUGGAGUGAAGUUUUUUCCAUGGAAAUUUUUUAUAGCUGCUUUAAACAAGAAGGAAUAAUGAAUCCAAAGGCUGGAAUGAAAUACAGAAAUCUUAUCUUGAAACCUGGAGGAUCUUUGGAUGGGAUGGAUAUGCUCUACAAUUUCUUGGGGCGUAAACCAAACCAGAAAGCUUUCCUGUUGAGUAAAGGCUUAUAUAUUCAGUAAAACUGCAGAUCCUUCACAAUGGCAUAUGAACAGGAUGGGAACUUGAAAUAUAGUUCAUGCCACAUGAUAUCACAUCAUAGGAAAACAAAUCACUUUUAGGGUUUUUAAUUAUUAUUAUAUAAAUAAUGUGUUUUUAAGUAACAGCUACAAAAGCCAAUGCUUUGGAAGAACUAGUUCCAAGAUACUGUGUUGAAGUUAAAACAUUUUACAGGUUGUUUUUUUAUUUGUGAAAUGUUGUGAAAUGAAAGUGAUUGACUGGGAAAAACACACCUUUGAGUCUCUCUUUUUAAAAAAGACAUGUUUGGAUUAUGCUUUGUGAAUAAAUUUGAACUAUUAGAAAGAAAUACAAUGUCUGCUAUUAAGAAUCUGAUUCGUUUUUAUUCUACAGUUUCUAUAUCAUACUUUUAACUUGCUAAAUUAAAUGUAAACCUUUUUACUAUGACUUGAAUCUACUUUUCCAGGCACAAGAUUCAAAAUUAAAACCCAUGGGGAGAUCUUUUGCUUCUUGGGGUAUUGUGAACUUGAGAUGUGUGCAUGACUUAUACCUUUACCUUUUAUUCUGAUGUAUGUUUAACUCUCAUUAUGUAUCAUUCAAUUUUAAAAAUUUGCUCUCUCCUAAUUUGACUCGUAGCCCUAAGAACUCUGGGUUGGGAGAAAGAGCCAAGUUCUUUGCAGAAUGGUGCAAUUGCAAUAAUUUCAGCUGUUCUAUAAAAUUGUUCUUACAUUAGGAGAAAUAAUUUAUGUCCAAAGUAAGCCAUAGGAAGUGAAGAAAGAUGGUCCAAAAAUGCUAACCAUGUGUUCUUAUUAGUUAUUUUCAGUGUGGCAACCCAAAGAUGGUCCAAUAAAAAUUAUGGAAAUAAUCAUUACCUCUAAUGAUGAAGUGUGUGACUGAAAGCCUGUCCAAAGAUUACUUGAUAGUUUUCUGCGAGAUGGAAAAAAAUACUGCACAGUUUACCUAAAUAAAACCGUGGGACCAUAUGCACUUGUGGCUUAUUUAGAGCCUGUGUUCUUAAUUUUCAAACCAGGCAGUUGUGAUAUAUUACUACAUGCCUGUGAACAUAGCUUCUUGUUACCAGUUCAGGCUUUUUAUAGAUUCUGACCAGAUCGGUCUAAUCGAUUAAUAUUUUUUUUUCUGAUUAAAUUGAAAAAAACAACACAAAUUUGUUUCUUAUCAACCCAAGUUUUUUAUUAUUAUUUCUUUUCUU